AUGAGCAGCUCCGUCGAAGCGGGCGGCGCGUCGCGCACGACGGCGUCGGCCGAGGGCGACGUGGACCUCAUGCGCACGAUCCUGGGCGAGCACGUGCCGCAGAGCGUCAUCCUCGCGUGUCUCACCGCCUGCGCCUUCGACGUGAGCGCUGCGCUGAACUGGUACUUUGCCGAAGUCGCAGCGGCUGCGCCUACAGGUUCCGAGACGGAAGAAACGGCCGUCUUGGAGACCGCAGCGGCCGCGCGCGCGCGUGUCCAUUGCAUCCACUCUGGUUUGGGCCUCACGCUCCAUGCGCGCGCCGUCGGGGGGAUGGUGAGCAAGUCGGAAGCGUACUACGCCACACUGACGAGGGGAGAGCCGGCGUACGACGUGCUGACGCCCAGUAACGACAAGUUCCGCACGAUUCGGCUUCGGAAAAGAGGCUGGAGAAUGGGCGCGUUGCAGACUAUGCCGUCGCCGGCGACGCAGCGACCGGUGUUUGCGAACGGCGACGUGGUGACGCUCGAGUGCAAUGGCUUGUGGCUCAAGGCGAACUCGAUCAACAAGAUGCUGCAGUGGAAAGCGCCAUCGGACGACGACCGGAACAAGUUUGUGAUCCGAGGGCUGCCGCUGGGCAAGAACUUGGCACCUGGUGACUACUUUUUUCUCACGAGCUACAAGUGGAAGGACAAGGAGAUUGUGCGCAAGGACGAGCGGCCGGUCGGCAUCAGCAGCUACAACACAAACGUGCAUCGAUGCUUCCUCGGGCUCGAUCGUAUCAAAACAGCGAAUCAACGCUUGUAUCUGUAUGCAAAGCUUACGCAAAAUGCAAUCAAGAGUCUACCAAGACCUGACGACCCGGUCGACGCCAGCCACCUGACUAUCAGUGUCAUGGGUACACCGAGAUCCAUGGGAAGCUUCGCCUCGCAAGAGCAGCCGCAUUCGCUGCGGACGAACUCAAUCGCAGACGAAGUUCAAUUCUCAAACGCCAAGAUCGAGCAAAUGAUGGAUAUAAUCGGCACGAACGUGACUCGUGACCACCUGGCCAACUUUCUUGACGGUGCUGGCGGCGAUGUGCAAGUUGCACUGGAGCACUAUUUCAUGAGUGUAGCGACCGCCAAGGAUGGCGUGGAGGCUUUACGAAGUACGUCGGCGACUGAUGCCCCUGCAGUAACAGAGGCUCAGGUUGUAGAGUCAACAGCAGUCCACGAAGAGGCACAAGCUCGUACACACGCUCAGGCAAAAGUGAACCACGGCCGCCGCCCGCUAAGCCAGCUCAUCUUGGGCAUCCCGCCGUUCUCGGAGCCGACGCCGUUGCCAAGCACGAAGCCGUUGUCGAUUGUACCUACCAGUGUUUCCACAAAGGCCAAGUAUGUGGCUGCUGGGACCCAGCCACUCCCGCCUUCGGUCGACGCGGCAAGUACUUUUGUUGGAGAGCCAUCACCUGGCAUGCCGCCUCCGGUGCCCUCUCCGUGUCCGUCUUCUGUUGUGCCUCGUAUCGAUCCUGCUGCAGGUCGCGGUGAGGUGGCUGUAUCUGCGGUAUUACAAUCCACUGUUGGUAGCGCUUCCGUGCCUCGAAUAAUCGAGGAUGAGGUAUAUGUGGAGACAAUUGACUACUCGAAGAAUCACGAGCCAAUGGAACAAGUGAUGACCCCAGUGGAGCAGCAAAGUCAUGGAUCAGUGAUAAAGUCUGGGAUAGACAACGAACGGGCCGAGGCACUCACGAUCCAGGACUUUGAGAUGCUGAGUGUGCUGGGCAAAGGCAGUUUUGGCGCUGUGAUGCUUGUCCGUUUCAAGAAAGAUGGCCGUGUCUUUGCUCUCAAGAUUAUCAAGAAAAAUAACAUGGACCAGGCUGAUGUUCAAAACGCUAUCGAAGAACGGCAGAUCUUGCAGCGCAUUCAUCACCCGUACAUUUGUGGGCUGGUGUUCGCCUUCCAGACCAACGAGCGGCUGUACUUGGGCAUGAAAUACUAUGCUGCUGGAGACCUCUUCUACCACCUAAACAUGAAGGGCCAGUUGGGCGCAAAGAACGCGAAACUGUAUGGCGCAGAGCUUGUGCUGGCAAUCUCGUACCUCCACGAAUUGAACAUUCUGUACCGUGACCUCAAGCCUUCGAAUGUCAUGAUCGAUUCCGAGGGCCACAUCGGCGUGGUCGACUUUGGUCUGUCCAAGCAGCACAUAUACGGCAGCAAUUUUGGUGUCAAGACACUGUCGGGCACGGCUGAGUAUGUGGCGCCAGAAGCGCUCGCACAAUCUGCUGACGGCUCUCGCAACUAUGGCAAGGCAUACGACUGGUGGAGCUUGGGUGUCGUUAUCUACGAAAUGCUCGUUGGCGAGUCGCCGUUCUACGAUGAGAAUGAGCACACGAUGCUCGGCCGGAUCGCACAUUCCGAUGUGGUGUUCCCGCCGGACUUUCCACGCGAUGCGCACGACUUGGUUACGGGAUUGCUGUGCAAGGAUCCGAAGAAGCGGCUAGGGUCAGAGUCAACGGGCGGCGUGGACGCCAUCAAGCGCUGUGAAUUCUUCAGCCAGAUAGACUGGGACAAGCUGUUGCGGCGAGAAGUCAAGGCUCAUUGGACUCCGAAGCUCAGCAGCGAGACAGACACGCGAUACGUUGAUCCCGAGUUCAUCGAGGAGGGUCCGCCUUCAGCAGCGUACGAUCCGAGCGCUGGCUCGGAAAACUCGUCGAGCAAGCGCUUCAGCCAAUUCUCAUUCAAUUAUAACCUCGAGCGAUAA